CACUUUCCCUUAUAAUUCGAUUUACACCAGGGCACGCUGGUCUUCUCUCUCACUCUCGCUCAAGAAAACUGAUCCCAUUCUACAGAAAUGAGACAUUCAUGGCGAUUGCUUUUAUUCCGGAAUUGCUCUCGCUCGUCUCUCAGAGGCCCUGCUUACCCCUCCCAUUAUCGUUUCCAGGUACACUCCUCUUCCCCCUCUCUUCGCUAUUUCUGUUCGCUCCGCACGCCUUCACUUCAAGUUCAUUUCGCAGACCCUAAAAACCCCAUAAAUUCCAAAAUCCCAAUUGCUCGCUAUUUCUCGUCUGAGCCACUGGUUGAACCCAAAAAGGACACUGAUCAUUGUUUUCUUGUAUAUGAUAUUUUCACUAAAUUUACUGAUAUCAAUGAUAUUACCAAAGAAUUGGAGUUAAACAGUGUUGUUAUUAACCAUGAAUUGGUAUUGAAAGUCUUGAAGUCCCUCGAGUCUAGCCCUGAUGUGGCUCAAAGGUUUUUCGAUUGGGUUUUGGAGAAGGACAGUGAAAGAUUGAGCUCCAGAGCUUAUAAUUUGAUGCUGGGAAUUCUGGGUGUUAAUGGGCCCGUUGAGCAAUUUUGGGCUUUAGUUGAAACCAUGAAGAAAAAAGGUUAUGGUGUGUCAAAGGGUGCACGGGACAAAGUAGUGGAGAAAUUUGAGAAAGAAGGAUUAAGGAGUGAUCUGGAGAAGAUGAAAGCACUUUUUGCGACAGGAUCUGUAGAUAAUUCUGUGGAAAAGAUUGGUUUGAGGGUGAGUAGGAUUGUUAGGAAUCAAGUUUGGGGAGAAGAUGUUGAACAGCAGAUUAAUGAUUUAAAUGUAGCAUUUUCAAGUAAUUUGGUGAAGAUUGUAUUGGAGAAUUUAGGUAUGGAACCUAUAAAAGCAUUGAUAUUUUUUAGGUGGGUCGAGGAGAGUGGGCUGUAUAAGCAUGAUGAAAGGAGUUAUAAUGCAAUGGCUAUGGUUUUGGGAAGGGAAGAUUGUAUUGACAGGUUUUGGAAGGUGGUUGAUGAAAUGAGGAGCAAUGGAUAUGAAAUGGAGGAGGAGAUAUAUGUCAAGGUUUUGGCACGGUUUGUGAAGAGGAAAAUGAUUAAGGAGGCUGUGGACUUGUAUGAGUUUGCAAUGGGUGGCACUAAUAAGCCUUCAGUGCAAUGCUGCACCUUUUUGUUGAAGAAGAUAGUGGUUGGUAAAGAAUUUGAUAUGAAUUUGUUUUCAAGGGUUGUAAGGAUCUUUAUUGGAAAUGAUUAUGCAUUGACAGAUUCUAUGCUUAAUGCAGUUCUUAAAUCUCUAACAACUGUUGGUAGAUUUGGAGAGUGCAAUAAGGUUUUGAAAGAAAUGAAGGAAGGUGGGUUUGUAGCUAGUGGUAAUCUACAGAGAAAGAUUGUCUUCAGGCUUAGUUGUGCUGGGAACAAGGAUAAAGUGAGUGAAUUUGUGGAUCAUAUGGAAGCAUCUGGGAGUAAUUUGGAUUACAAGGCAUGGACAUCUUUAAUUGAAGGGCAUUGUGCAUCUGGGGAUCUUGAGAAUGCAUCUGAUUGUUUCCAAAAACUGAUUGAAAAGGAGGGAGUUUCUAAUGCUAUUUAUGCCUUUGAAUCUUUGGUAAAUGCUUAUUGUUACAAGAACAGAGCUAUAGAUGCAUGCAAGCUUCUGCAUGGCUACGUUUUUCAUAAUCAGUUAGCGCCUCGGCAUACCACCUACAAAGGAUUGAUAAAUAAAUUAUUGGUUCAGUAUGGAUUUGCCGAUGCCUUGAAUCUGUUGGAUUUGAUGAAAAAUCAUGGUUUUCCUCCCUUUGUGGAUCCAUUUAUUAAGCAUGUGUCGAAGUCUGGCACAGGUGAUGAUGCUGUAGCUUUUAUGAAGGCUAUGACUUCCAAAAAGUUUCCAUCUACAUCAGUGGUUCUUCGUUUAUUCAAGGCCUUUUUCAAGGCUGGGAGGCAUGCUGAAGCACAAGAUUUCCUGUCCAAAUGCCCAUGUUACAUCCGUAACCAUGCUGAUGUUUUAAAUCUUUUUUGUUCUAUGAAAUCUGGUAAAAAUACUGCUUCUGCUGCUGUGGUUGUCUAGACUUUUUUGGAAUGUACAACAUAUUGUAUUCUGUGAGGUUGAUGUAGUUUGGCAUUUGUUCAAAAGUGUGGUAUGAAAAUUUUUGACACUCGCAUUGAACCUUGCCUUUGGAUUGUAAUCAACUUUGAUUACUUGAAAUAAAACUAUAUUAGUUCAAGUUUCCAAAAAA